AUGCGCAGCCGGUCGACCCGUCGCGAGCUUCGGCCCACCUGCUCAGCAAUCUCCAAGCUGAGCAUCGACUUCCGACGUCAUUCGCGCCACCAGAGCCAGCUUCUUCGAUCCACCACCGCCACCUCCUUUGCCACCACCUCCCCCUUCGCUGCUCCUGUGCCUUUCGCUCAAGAAUUGGCUGACCGACUGAACCAGCGUCGCCAAGCCCUGGAUAGGGCUCCUGUCGGACCACCUCGCCCUCCUCCAUUGCCGCCAGCCCCUAUCCCAGCAGGCCCGGCUCCUUUCGCCGCCCAGCUCGCCGCCCGCCUGGAGGAUAUCCGCCGCCGUCGCCAAUUAGAUAAUGAGUCGUCGGAUGUAAGCGAGCCUGAGCAGGAACUCCACAGCAGGUCUCCUCCUUUCCCCAGCAUGAACGACUUGGACGAUCUCGACCGGGGCAGUGACUCACCCCCCGCACAGUCGCCCGAUUACAUCCCUCUCCCCAACGAUGACGCCUUCCGCUUCAGUUCCCCUUCCCCUACCUCCCGUGAUCCUCCAAACGACGACGAACGAAACCGUCCCGACGAGCUUGGCCUUUCUGGCUCCGACCUCGAAGAGGUGGCGGUUUCCCUGGCCCGACGUCGGGCCUGCCCCCGGCCAUACGCUUCUGUAGAUAUCGCAGUCGACCAAGUCUCCCGUGGUGCCGCCUCCUCCACUUCCAGACGUCUCUACCGCGCCGCCAACUUCUUCACUCCCUCCCAGAGGGCUGCCGCCACCCGGGAAGCUGGACGGGCCACCAGAGCCAUUUUGGAGCGCUUUGCCGACGGAAAUGCCGUCGCCGCCGCCGCCGUCGAAAUCAGCGAGGGUUCUCCAAUGGACAGCGGGCGCUAG